CAAAAAAAACAAGAAAAUAUUAUUAAAAAACUGAAAGUUGAGUUAAAUCAAUUAAUUGAAACAAAUGAGCAGAAUAUAGUCAAUUUAGAAUCAUAUUAUAAUAAAGAAUUAGUAUACAAAUACAAACAAUUUUCAAUUCUUGAAAACGAGGGAUUUAUAUUAACUUCUGGAUUAAAAAAGUAUUUUUUUUUAUGAUUUAUUACACUAUAAUAUUAUAAUUUAUAAUUUACUACGGUUGAAUUAGAAAUUUAGAAGCUCAGCGAGAUAUUUUAGAUCAAGAGUUACAGGAGGCAAAAAGUAACUACGAUAAGCAACUUAGAGAAAAAAUUGAAGACAUAUUACUUUCGAAGGAAAAACUGAUUAAUGAAAAAAAUAUCACUAAAAUGUUGGUGGGUGAUACUGAGAACAAUGUAGAUGAAAAUGUUGUCAGUAUAAAAAAAAAAUUCUCCGAAAAGCUGGAUAGUAUGAAUGAAUUAUAUUCAAAAAUUAUGAGUACCUUAGCAGUGGACAAGAUUAAAUAUAACUUGUAUACUAUAAGUAUCCAGGAACUAAGGCAGUCAGUAGCUCUCCUUGAAAAUGAUAUGGAAGAAUUAAAACUGGCGGAAGCUAAAAAAAAGAAUAGAAUUUUUGUUUUGACCAGAUUACUGAAACAAUCCAAGGACAUUAUACCGCAAAAAGAUUCCCAAAUUGUAGAUGUUAAGCAACAAAUGUCACAAUUUGUAAAAGAUUUAAAUAUGCUUAAAGAAGAUAUAAUUGAAUUAGAAGAAACCACCGAACCAUUAGAGUUAGAAAUACAAAAUAUAAAAAAUUCGAAUGAUCAAAUAGACAUUAAACUCGAAGUUGAUAUUAAUGAAUUGAAGCGUUUAGAUAUAUUUUAUGAUGAAUUAAUAAAAAGAAAAAAUGACACCAAAAAUGAACUAAGUAAAAAAAGACAAAGCUUAGAAGAAUUGAAAAAUAAAAUCAAACAAAUGGAAAUUGACAUACGUAUGGCUUCUCAGUAUUACCAUAAUGAAUUUGAAAACAAAAGAUUAUUAUCUGUUUUUUUCAAUAAAUACAUAGGAAAAACUGAGAUGCUUGAGAUCAAAGAAAAAGAAAUGAAUGCGAGAGAAGAAUUUUUAAAGCAGGAUAAUUUUUUGAAACAUCGUAUUGGUAAUCUAAAAGAUGCGUUAAAUGCAUUUGGCAAGAAAAACGAAUUUUAUUAUUCUACAAUGGAAGAAAACAUGAAUCUUAUUAACGAAAUUAAUAUUCUACGGAAGGAGGCUAAUUUCUAUUUAAACAAGUACAGCAAUUUCAAAUAUUUAUCGAAGAUAAAACGUGUGGACGAGUUAACAAGAAAAAGAAACAAACAAAUUGAAUAAGUGUAAGUAAAUUAUAUUAUGUUUUGAAUGUAUUUCGUCAAUUAAGAAAACGAA